CGCACGCGAGCGUCUCGCGAACCCUUCGCGCGCCCACCCCACGUCGACGAACAUGUCCGACCAAGACUGGAAGCCCGUGGUGCUCACGAAGAAGAAGCCCACCGGCGGCAUGAACGGCGUCCCCAAGUCCGCGGACGCGGCGAGGCGGAUGGGCAUGGCCGUGGACACGGUCAAGAAGCAAGGCGGCGGUUACAACGCGCAGCGCAUGGGCAAGCUCGAGAACGAGACGGACGAGCUGCAGCAUAAGAAGGUAAACACGGAGGUGAAGAAGGCCAUCAUGCAAGGCCGGCUCGCGAAGAAGCUGACGCAGGCGCAGCUCGCGCAGCAGAUCAACGAGAAGCCGCAGAUCAUUCAGGAGUACGAGAGCGGGAAGGCGAUCCCGGACCAGAAGAUUCUGUCGAAGCUGGAACGCAUCCUCGGCGUGAAGUUGCGAGGGUUGAAGUGAGCGGCGCGACGGCGGCUGGCAGGACGGAGGGGCCCUGCCCGCCCCGGACGAGGCGGAGGUGGGCGAGACGCGACGGCGCGCGCGACUCUUUUGAUACACUGAAGACGAAUCA